AUGGAGGACCUCCUUUCGACCAUGGAGGAAAACUCGACCACUUCUGGCUCAGCUCAAGAAGAUUCGCACAACUCUUCGAAUCCGCAACAACCACCGAUGAAUAUGGAAUUUCCGCCAAUUUCUCAGGAAGACGUUCGGAAUUAUCUGGAUAGUCAACCAGGUCUACGCGAACAAUUGGUGAAUUUUCAACCAAUGGCCAAUGAAGAAUUUUGCCAAUUCGACCGAAAUUAA